UCUCACAUAUUUCCCAUAUUUUGUGUAUAUUUUCUGUUUCUGUGAAAAAAAAAUGUGAAGUAUUUUUGGAUUAUUGUGAAAUGGUUUCUUACAUAAAACGAAUUUUCCAACUCUAUCCAAUAGGCGAAUCUAAUGAGAAAAUAGUUGAUAUUUAGAAGGAAAUUUUCUUUAAAAAAAAAUACCAGAGAUAUACAAAAACUGAUGUCUUUCGACAAUUUUGGAAAUCCCAGAGAAAUUAUGAAAGAUACACCGUACAACAUCAUUCCACUUCAUCACAGACCAGAAUUAAUAAAUCAGUGCUGUAAAUUAUUAAAUUCAGAAUGGCGUCGAAGUGAUAAAGCACGACUCAUCAGUUUGAGUUCCUCGUGUGAUAAAUUUCCAACGUCUCUAAUUCUUCUCGACAAUGACAAAGUCAUUGGACAUUGUAAAAUUUCUUUAAUACCCAGCAUAGACGACUGCUGUGUUAUUGAAUCAUUUAUGAUCAGUCGGGAAAAUCGUUCACAAGGCCUGGGCUCAAUAUUAUUGCGUGGCGUUGAACAAUAUGUGGCGAAGAGAGGAAUAAAACAAGUUUUAUUGACAACACGCGAUCAAGAGGGUUUUUAUAGAAAAAAUGGCUAUUCAAUAAGCGAACCAUUAAAUCUUUAUACACUAAUGGAAUAUAUGAAUUCAAUUAAUGACAUUGAUAAAGAAAAGGAGAUAAAUCUCAUUAAAAAUAUUAUCAUUGAAAAUAAUAAGAAUAAUAAUAAUAACAACGAACGACGUAAGGAGAUACAAAAGAAUGCAUUUUCCGGAGCACCAACUCCACCACCAUUGCCAAAUUUUAUUGAAAAAAAACGACAAUACGAAUCGCCUUACACUUAUAUGUGUAAAAAAUUGUCAUGAAAUUUAUUUUUAUGUUUAUAAAUAAUUAAAAUAUUCUUUAUUUAUAAAAAAUUACAACCAGAUACCUCUAUAUUAUAUAUAUAUAUAUAUUAUAAAAAGAAAGAAGAAAAA